ACCCACAUCUCCAUCCUCGAAAGUCGUGACUCUAAUUCCGAAUUUCAAACUCUCCUCAAAGUGCAGCACUUUCCUUUCGUCGCGAUACGAUAAUUCAACCUUAAAACCCCUCAACCGAGAACCGUAUCCUACAUUUCCUCCUCGGUGGUGCUGUUAGUGAUGGUAGCCAUUUCGACGUUGAACUAGAUGUGUGAUGUUCUCUGAAGGAUUGCUUGCUUUGAAGUGUGUAGUUGAAGAAUUGUGACUGAAGAAUCAAGAAGACGGCGCCCGUCCGUUCUAGAAUUUGUACUCGUGUCGAGCUUGGAGGUCAGUCCAAGCUUCGAGAACAACAUCGUACAUUCUACCUCCCCAAUUAUUUAUCGGUAAAUAAAGCUAAACACCCAUCGUCCUGCAAUGUCGAUCUUGGAUUGAGGAAUCGAAUGUCGGAGCCGAGUUCAGAAAACCAACGAAAGAAAUCAAAAGACAGAUCAGAAAUCCAGAAAUCCAACUCACCAGCCAUCGAAACUGCGUACGAGCCCUAUAAAACACCCCUGCACCGUCAUCCCCUUCAAAACAUCCACACUCACCAAUCCCAUCCAAUCCACCACCACCUCAAAAGCCUCACCCAACCCACCGGUACCCCAAUCCCUCCUCCCUCCCUCCCUCCUAUCCUCACGCCUCAAAUCCCGACCCAGCACCCCGGGAUAUGGAAACCCCCCCCCCCCAGAUCCCCAUCCCUGCCCGCAGCCGUGAUAGCCGUUACGUUACGUUACGCUCCCUCCCCUCUUCCCUGUCCUGCCAUGCCGCAGCGACGACGACGCCACAACCGAGACGCCAACCGAGAACGCCUUCGGGGGGGCCACCGGUGGUAUUAUUUUUUCCUCGCCCCCCAGGAAUUUGGAUCUGCCAGCAAUUUUUUGAUGGGCUACUUACCGACUCUCUGGGUUUCGUUUCGUGGUGGCUUUGGAGAACUGCCCGGGAGAGGGAGAGAUCGACAGGGCGCCCGAGGGUUUGGUUUGGGGUUUGGCACUGACAGGUGGAUGGAGGGAUGGCAUGGCAAGGAUCGUCGGCUGUUUGCCUUGUAUGUGGGGAAUGGAAAAGGGGAUGAGAUCUACGGUUUUUUUUUGAGUUUUCGUUCGUUUGAAGGUCGAUCUUUGACUGGGACUAGGACUAGGACUGGGAUUGGGAUUUGCGGGUGUGUUGCAGAUAGGUGGAGAAUGGGGAGGGAUACUCGUUUGGAGACGAUUUGGUGGUGUUUAUUUUGACGUUCAUAUAAUAUAUAUGCUUCUCGCAUUCAAGUCACAUCGUUGGUCGCUUUCGCAUGCAAUCAAUCCGACAUUUCUCUCUCAUCGAAGCCAGGGUCUCUUUUCACGCAA